CGCCGCGGGUCCGCCCGGCAGUCGUGAUGCCGUUCCCCGGCUCCGGCGCGGACGAUGCCUUCGACUAUCUCUUCAAGAUCAUCCUGAUCGGCGACUCCAACGUGGGGAAGACGUGCGUGGUGCACCGCUUCAAGACGGGGCAGUACAACGAGAAGCAGCAGAACACCAUCGGCGUGGACUUCACCGUGCGCUCGAUGGACAUCGACGGCAAGAAAGUGAAGAUCCAAGUGUGGGAUACAGCCGGUCAAGAGCGCUUCCGGACAAUAACCCAGUCUUAUUACAGGAGUGCCCACGGGGCCAUCCUUGCCUAUGACCUUACUAGGAGGUCCACAUUUGAAUCCAUUCCUCAUUGGGUUCAUGAAAUUGAAAAGUAUGGUGCUGCAAACUUGGUCAUGAUGUUAAUUGGGAACAAAUCAGACUCGCUGGACAAGCGCCAAGUGCUGUUUGAAGAUGCCUGCACCCUGGCAGAGAAGCAUGGGCUCUUAGCUGUGCUGGAAACAUCAGCAAAAGAAGCUCAAAACAUAGAAGAGGUGUUCACAUUAAUGGCUAAGGAGCUGAUAGCCCGAAAUACCUUACAGCUUCAUGGGGAGAACCCUCCAAACAGCUUCAGUCUUGACUCCAGGCCAGUGAUUGCCAGUCCAACUGUGGAGAAGACCCAGUGCUCCUGUUGAAGAGAGACUUCAGGGAGAACUUGGAGGAUGCCAUUCUUCUGAGGCUCUUUGAUUCAAUUUUGUUCAGUUGAUGAAAAUGUUCUAUGUGGUCUCAAGCCAUCUCUCUUGCUAUUUCUACCUUGCAGUUUGGCUUGUGAGUAUUUUCAGAGAUCAUUGUUGCUGUUGGUAGCACAGGUUGCUUUGAACAUAGCAAUAUGAACUUCUGAGAUGAGAGGACUCAGGAAGAUGCCAGCCCUUGCCUUAACCAAAGAGAAUUAUAAAAAUUAUUGCCUUUAAUUAUUUCCUU